AGAUCUGGCUAGUUGGACAUCUAGGCUGGCUUACAUUAUAAAUUAUGGGAAAGAAGCAUAAAAAACACAAAUCAGAGAAACACGCAUACGACGAGUACGUUGAGCGGCCACUUAAGCUCGUUUUAAAGGUGGCGGGCACUGAAGUUACCACAGGAACGUCCAGCCUAGAGAACCUGUAUGACGAACAGGCAGACUACGACAAACACAAGGAUAAGAAAAAGAAGAAGAAAAAGAAAGAAGAGAAGGAACGAAUCAGCCCCGUUUCGCCAGCCGAUGAGAAGAGAAAGAAAAAGAUGACAAAGAAAAGGAAAGGCCAGGACUCGAUGGACGCAGAUUGGGAUGACAGAGAACAGAGCCGAACUCCCGCCCAAUCGGAUGUAUCUCAGGACAAACCGCUCACGCCGUCUCUCGCCAAGAUGGAAGAAAAAGAACAGACACCCCUGCAGGAGGCCCUGAGCCAGCUCAUCAGGCAGCUUCAAAGGAAAGACCCCAAUGCGUUUUUCUCUUUCCCUGUGACUGAUCUCAUUGCUCCUGGUUACUCUAUGAUCAUCAAGAGGCCAAUGGACUUCAGCACCAUGAAGGACAAAGUCAAGAAAGAGUACUACCAGUCACUGGAGGAGCUGAAGCUUGACUUUAAAAUCAUGUGUGAGAAUGCCAUGAUUUACAACAAACCAGAGACCAUUUACUACAAGGCUGCAAAGAAGCUGCUCCACUCUGGCAUGAAGAUCCUCAGCCCGGAAAGACUGGAGAGUUUGAAACAGAGCAUUGAGUUUAUGGCUGACCUGCAGACAUCCAGCAGCCGGUCAGCAGAGGCCGGAGAAGAGGAGGGGGGUUCUGCCACAGACGCAACCAAAGAAGGCCCAGCACCCAUGGAUACCAGUGAGAACUCUCAGUCUCCUGGAGCUGCAAAGGACACUCCAAGUAAGGACAAAGAUUCAAAAGAAGAUGCACAGAAUAGCAUCAGCCAGGCAGAGAAAGAUCUGGAAGAGAUCCGGAAGAUUAUUGAAGAUUCUGGAGGCAAACUGUCUAACAGAGCCCUACAGUGUGAGGUGGAGUUUGAGAGACGGAAGCCGGACGGUACGACCAGUCUGGGGAUUUUAAACCCAGCGGAUCUGUCCGCUGGAGAUCCUGGAUACUGCCCUGUCAAGCUGGGUAUGAUGGCAGGGCGCCUACAGAGCGGCAUCAACACCAUGCAGGGCUUCAAAGAAGACAAGCGGAACAUGACUACACCGGUCACAUACUUGAAUUAUGGUCCAUUCUGCUCCUACGCCCCCACGUACGACUCCACUUUUGCCAACAUCAGUAAAGAGGAGUCGGAUCUCCUCUAUUCGUUCUAUGGAGAGGACUCCAACCAGCAGGGCUCAGAGAGCAGCAUUGCCGAUUUCCUGUCCAAGUCUGAAGAGCACAUGAACCGACUGGCCGACAACGUCCUGGAUUCGCUGACCAAUGGGGAACACUCCCGCUCUCUGAAGGAGACAGAAAGCGUUGUUAGAUCAGAGCCCAGCGGUGGGAACGGUGUGGCGGCACGCAGCUCAGCGAUGAGUCUGGGGUUAGAUUUCCUACCAGAGACCUUCAACUCAGAGGAAGCCGAGCUCUUCCAGAAGAAGCUGGAUGAGACAACGCAGCUGUUGAGGGACCUGCAAGAAGCUCAGAGAGAAAGACUCAGUGCCAAACAGCCCCCCAAUCUCAUCUGCCUGCUCGCCCCCACCCCUAAGGAACUCCAGCUCGCGGAAAAGGUCACCGAAAACCUAGCCAAACUGACCAGUCAGGUCGGACCUGGAGAUGUGACCAGCGUGUAUGGGAUUAGAAAGGCUAUGGGUGUCACACUGCCGCCUGAACCAGAGGGGCCUCUCAUUGAUCUCACUACAGUGAGAGAUAUGACGGAGCCGAUGGAGAGUGUAAAUACAGGUCAAGAGGACAUCCCUGUCCUAGCAGUCUAAGCGUCCCAGUCCGAGCAAUUCUCCAUGUCCAAAUGGUGCUGUUUUCUGU